ACGCAGGACCUGGACUCGCGCGUCCAGCGGGGAAGCAGGAGAAGCCGGCGACCUUGCACUCUCAGCCUGAUCCCUGUCUGGCGGCCUGAACAUUCGCAGCUGAAGAGAUGGCGUUCGUGAAGAGUGGAUGGUUACAGCGACAGAGCACCAUUCUGAAACGCUGGAAGAAGAAUUGGUUCGACUUGUGGUCAGAUGGUCACCUGAUCUACUACGAUGACCAGACUAGGCAGAGCAUAGAGGAUAAGGUCCACAUGCCUGUGGACUGCAUCAAUAUCCGCACAGGGCAUGAGUGUCGGGACAUCCAGCCUCCAGAUGGGAAGCCCAGAGACUGUCUGCUGCAGAUCGUUUGCCGAGACGGGAAGACCAUCAGUCUCUGCGCAGAGAGCACAGACGAUUGCCUGGCAUGGAAGUUUACACUGCAGGAUUCCAGAACGAACACAGCUUACGUUGGCUCACCAAUCCUGUCUGAAGAGACCGCAGUGGCCGCAUCACCGCCCCCCUACGCAGCCUAUGCUACGCCGACCCCUGAGGUCUACGGCUAUGGUCCAUACAGUGGCGCAUACCCAGCAGGAACUCAAGUUGUCUAUGCCGCCAACGGGCAGGCGUAUGCCGUGCCAUACCAGUACCCGUAUGCAGGAGUUUAUGGACAACAGCCUACCAACCAAGUCAUCAUCCGCGAGCGGUACCGAGACAAUGACAGUGACCUGGCUCUGGGCAUGCUUGCCGGGGCAGCCACAGGCAUGGCCCUGGGCUCUCUGUUCUGGGUCUUCUAAAGCCUUCAGCGUUUUCUGUGCACAGCUUCUGUUAGUCCUGUGUGCAAUAAUUUGAUUUGCAGGGCGUUUCUGUUUGUGACAAGUGUCUUUCAUAAUAAUUUAAGUAGUUCUUUUGAAGGUGGUAAUCUAAUAAUUGUGACUGACCUGCAUGGUACCACAAAGAAAGCCCGAAGCGCGCUGUGGGUGAGAGCCUGGGUCCUUCUGGGUUCCGGCUUGCGCCAAGUUUCUUAGGGCCUCUUGGAUGGUUUUAUGUAAACACACCCAAUUAAACCGGCAUUUUCUGUUCAGUUAGGUGCAAUAUUGAAUUGACGGACGGCUUUCCUUCUAUGCCAAUAAUAAUAAUGGUGACGGGGGAGGAUGUGUGUAAGUGUGGUGAGGAGAGUCGCAGCUUCUUGAACUGUGGUGUCUCACUCUAGACCCCAGCUGCAUGUUACCGUAGGAGCUGUGGGCUGCUGUCUCCCGAAGGGCGGUGGUGUGAGGACCCCAUAACUUACCCCUUGGAGCUCCUAGGUACCAGAAGGAUUGGCUGCUCGGGAUACAGAGGGCCAGCCACUCCCUUUAAAAAUUAUGCUCCAGGAAUCUGCCCAGUUUUAUUUUCUUGUUACUCUUCUGUUUGCUUUAUACCAGGGAUGAUUGGCAUUAGUCUGGAGUUAGGAAUUGAUUUGAGCCUUUCCCUUUAAGCCCUGCUGAAUGAAGAGGUGAGUGCCAGUGGGUAGAGGUAUGCUGGGAGCUGCCCAGCGAUGUGUUUUCAGUGUCUGCUUUAGGCGUAUUGAUUGCCACUCAAUCUGCAGAGAGCCUAUAGAGACUAUUUUUCUACUUGUAAAGAAAGUAUGGUGAGGGGAACUGGGGAGAGCCUUAGUUAGAAUGUUCCUGCCUCAGGCCUUCUAGGGCCCAAGCUGCACAUGGGUACUCUUUAGCUCCUGGAGAGGCUCUUCCUCGUCAGUGGUAGGGAGGCCCCGUGGUUGUCCAGAGAGACUCAGGUUUUGAGUGAGAAAUGGGAUUGGGUAGAACAUCUCAGGGAUUUGUUCUAAUCCCUCAUGUUAGUGGGGAUCCAGCCUUGUUCUCAGUCCUGACCUGCUCAUGACAGAAGAGCUUAAAACAUUUCUAGUCCCCAAAUGUGUGACACUCUGGGAAGCUCACAAUCUGGCUUUCUGACAAGAGUUUGUAUUUACAGUAUUAGAGAAUACAUGUUCCACAUAUUUCAAUUUUCUGUUCUUUCAUGUUUUAAAGCUCCCAAGUCCAACUUUGUGACCGCCAUGUUUUAGUUUUAAACAGUAACACCCCCCCACACACACACACAUACACACAAAGGUGGGGCGGCACAGUGAAGACCCCGCCCUCUACUUUGCAUAGUCUGACUAUGCCCAGUCCAGCGCAUGCGUGCUGCCUUGCCGAACUGCUGGGCGACUCUCUUCGUCAGUUCAAGUCUUCAAUAGAUCUUCAUGUGCGACAGUUGCCAAGCAGAUGAGGUGGUGCCCGUGGUGUUUUUCUCGCUACUCCUUGGGGACCUGUUGAUACAGAACUGCCCGUUUCCAGCUGAUGUUUGCUUCUUUGUCAUUUCUGAUGGAUGGGGUUAGGGCAACGUGGUAUGGAUGGCUCGUAGCGUCACUUUAAUAAGCGUAAUGCUGAUUUUACAUCCUGUGCUAUGAGACUGCCAUUUGCUCACAGUGUCACCAUUCGUAAAGCUCCGUGCUUUACUUACAAAACACUAAAACCAGUUUUAGUGUUAUACAGGGAUUUUAAUUUUGAAGUUAGUUACUGGGAUUCCUAAAACCACAGAGUAUUGAGUCGUGUCCCUGAAGUACCUUAACAGAAUUAUCUCCUAUUGUCCCAUGAGUAUGCUCUGCCUAGCCCCUGACCCCAGUGUGUCUAGCUGUAACAGACAGCCAUAGUUGAGCCUGAUCAUUUCCUGUCACCAGUUUUACUUGAUUGCAUACCCAGUACGGAAUACAUUUUCCGGACAUCUCAUUUCCUCAGCCCCGAUCCUCACAGGCGCCGCCCUUUGGAUGGCUUUUGCCACAUUAUUUUGUACCUCAGAGAGAUUCAUGAGUUGGAGGGAACUACUUGUCUGGCGUUGGGAAACAUGUCUCCUCCUCCACGGAGACUUUUAAAUAAUGACGCAGGGCUGGAAGAGGCUGGCUCCUGACACUGUGCGUGGUUGAUGUUAUUGCUCUUUUAGUUCUUUGAGUUAAGAACCUUAAAUACAAAAGAGGAAAGCCUGAGGCUUCCUUAGAUUGUCCCUUGCCAAGAAGGCUCGUCUUAGGUCGUUAGUGCCCACAGCAGCCUUCUGGAGUGUAGCAAGUUCUUGCGUUUGAGACAGAAUGGUUCAGGUUUAUUUUCUCCAUCUGCUGAUCCUAUGUAACCUCUCAUUUUGCCUUCUAGUCUAUGUAAGUGAAAGGCAGAGGAUGCAGGCAGUCUUCGUUGUGAUUGCUUCUGUUAUUCUGUUGCCUCUACUGAGCCCGUUUUCUCCCUGUACGUGCAUACGAUAUGUUUAUAAGUGAACUUGUUAAACUAUUAAAUGAUCAUUAACCUUAAA